CUUGGAUUAAAUUGGUUAAACAUCUCAGGAAGUGAAUUUCUAUUCGCUGCGAAUGGUAAGUAAUUUCUUUGUCAGCACGAAUCAGAAAACAUCAACAGCAGGCGACGCUUUUAAAUAAGGACAUUUACAAAGAGCUUUUACUAGCUCUCUUUGCUAUAUUGAUCAACUAUCACAGCGUUUAAAGUGUCAGCCAAAUGCAACUUAAGCAGAACAAAUGUACGACUUCUUGGCUAAACCGUUUCUCCACUUUAUAGUAAACGGCGUUUCUUUCACAAGAGGCAAAGAUUUUCGAUCUUCACUGAAGAAAUCCCAAAUGGAAAACAGUUCAUCUAACGAAACAACAUCAGGAUCUGCGACUUCUGGUUUCGCAUCAAGAGCAGGCGUGUGGUACUGGGUGCUAAGAGGUCUGAUUGGUUUAACAAUUUUGGCGGGAAAUGGUCCUGUCAUUUACGUCAUAGUCACUUGUCACAGGCUCCACAAAGCAGCCAACUGGUUUAUUCUCUCACUAUCGUGGGCGGACCUAUUUGUCGGGCUUUUUUUGAUUCCCGUGUCUACAUCUUGUGCUCUUUGGACGACUUGUAACUUCUCAGUCCUGAUACUGAGUUUCGACCUUGUGCUGUUCGUUUCCAUCGCCAACAUGUGCGCAAUGACCGCUGACCGCUACCUCUCCGUGGUGAAGCCGCUGACCUACUUUCAAAACAUGACAAACUCGCGCGUUUUUCUAUGGAUUUCUGUGGCGUGGAUCGUACCCAUUCUCUUCUCGCUCAUCCCAUUCGCGUGGAUAUUUACUAAUUCCCCCGCGCAAAGAGAGAGUGCAUUCGAGAUAUACGGAACUUUGCAAAUUAUCACCUUCAAUCUGCUGCCUUGUGUCGUGAUGUUACUGAUAUACGGACACAUUUUCAUCAUUUCUCAAAAACAUUCCAGGCAGAUCCGCGCCCUGACUAAACACCAGCACCUAUCCCAACCACAACUGGCAGUUAGUCCUCGUCAAGUAACUCAAGAACGAUCAGCAACAAGGGUUUUUGGGCUGGUCGUGUUAUUUUUCGUGUUAUGCUGGAUGCUGUCGGCUUAUCGUCAUUUGUGUCAGUAUUUUUCUCUUGAGUGUAGCGUUUCUUUUGAAUUAACUCUCAUUUCUCGUCUUCUGAUGUUGACCAACUCCGCCAUUAACCCAUUCAUUUACGCCUUCCUAAAGGAAGAUAUAAAGAGAGAAGUAAAGAAAUUACUUUGCAGGCAUAAACCCAGAACAGUGAGUUUUAACACGCACAUCCCAUCUGUCCAUAGUUACAGACAAAGGGGUGAACGCUCCAACGAUUUGUCAAUAGUUAUAAAUGCAUACUGAACUGUUACAAAC